AUGUCAGACGGUACUAGAGAUAUCUCAGAUAAACAAUCUCUCGCAGAUGAUGAAUUCAAUGAUAGAGAUUCAACCUCUCAUCAAAAUAUUAGUGAUGAAGAUGAAUUACAUGUUCGUGAAUUCAACGGACAACAAGAUACCGCUGCUGAACCAGAAACCCAUAAUCAAUCAUUAUCAAGAACUAAUAGUAUACUUCAAAGAGUUCAAACUGGUUAUUCAUUCUUUAAUGAAAAAUUACAAUCUCAACGUAAAUCAGUAGCUGUUAAAAUUGCUAUUAUUUAUUUAGUUAUGUCAAUUGGGGUAUUAGGGAUUUUUUCCAUCUAUUGGGGUUCAAUGUAUGGUAGAUUUGAUAGAAUUAAAAAUUUAACUAUGUUGGUAGUUAUAGAAGAUACUGAAGUUAAUGAUAUCCCACCUAUUUUUGGUCAACAAAUGGAAGCAAUCUUAGCAACCGGUGAAGCUAAAUAUUUUGGUGAUUGGCAUAUUUAUAAUACUAGUACUUUUACAGAAAAAUUCGGUACUGAAAGAAGUGUUGAAGCUGAAAUUCAAAGACAAAUUCAUCAUCAAAAUUAUUGGUCUUCAAUCUAUGUUAAACCAAAUGCAACUUAUAAUUUCUAUCAAUCUUUAAUUAAUGGUGAUACUAGUUAUAAUGCUACCAAUAAUACCAUUGUUUCAAUUUAUGAAACAGGUAGAGAUUUCAUUAAUAUGAAUUCUUGGGUAUUACCUUCAGUAGAAGGAAUUGAAUUUUAUUGGUUGGAUUUACAAUCAAAUGCAACUUUACCAUUAAUUGAUAUCAUUCAAGCUGGUGAACAUGCCAAUGUUUUUAAUAAUCCUUCAACUUUAGCUGUAUUAGGUCAAUCCAUUGGAUUUGGUUAUUUCGAUCAAAGACCUUGGACUGAUCCUGUCUUAGUGGCUCCAUCUCAAGUUGGGUUAAUUUAUAUGAUCAUUGUUACAUUUUUCCAAUUCAAUUUCUUUGUCGAUGUUCAUAAAGAAGUAGCUCAAGCUGGUUUAAAGAAAACUCAUUUCAUGGCUUAUAGAAUCCUUGCAUCCAUCAUUUCAUUCUUUGUUAUAAGUUUAGUUUAUUCAUUAGUCACAUUAGCCAUGCAAGUUGAUUUCACAAAAGCAUUUGGUAGAGCUGGUUUCAUGGUUUAUUGGAUGGUUUCAUUCUUAACUAUGUGGGCCGUGGGUACUGCUAAUGAAAUCGCCGGUAUGCUUUUAAUUAUUUAUUAUCCCCCAUUAUUAGGGUUCUGGAUGUUAUUCUGGGUUAUUAUUAAUAUUUCUCCAACUUUUACUCCAUUAGCUUUAUCACCAAAAUUCUUUAGAUAUGGUUAUGCCUUACCAAUUCAUAAUUCUUAUGAAGCUACCAAAGUUAUUUUCUUUGAUACUUGGAGAGGUCAAUUAGGUAGAAAUAUUGGUAUUUUGGUGAUUUGGGGAGUAGUUUUAACAGCAAUUUUACCAUUUGUGGUUAAAUUCUUUGGUAAAAAAAUGGGUGAAAAGGCAAGAGCUGCAGCUCAAGAACAAAUGAAAUUAAUGGCUGCUAAAAAGGCUCAAGAAGAAGAAAUUCAAUUUGAAAAGAAUAAAACUGAAGCUUAG